AUGCACAACUUCCAGCCGGCCGUGACUUGCACCGAGGAGCCGGCGUGCGCCUCGCUGUGCUCUGGUCCAUCCAGCCCGCACGGGUCGUUCCACUCGGACUCGGGCAGCGGGGGCGACACCGGUGGCGGAACUUCUGCCCCUCCGACUGCCGGACAGAGGGUGAGGAGGCCGCUCAACGCCUUCAUCAUUUGGACCAAAGAGGAACGCAGGCGGCUGGCUCUGCUCAACCCCAACCUGGUUAACACCGACCUCAGCAAGAUACUCGGCAAAACCUGGAAAUCCAUGUCCUUAUCGGCAAAGCGUCCAUACAUGCAGGAGGCGGAGCGUCUUCGCAUCCAGCACACCAUCGACUACCCCGGCUACAAGUACCGCCCGCGCCGCCGAAAGCAGCUGAAAAAGAACCCCAAAAUGGCCGCCGCGGACCCUCCGAGCACCUCCAGCCCGGCUUACGACCUCACCUACCUCCUCCAGAACCAGCAGGACCAAUUCUGCAACCCUUUCUACACAGUUCCGGCUUACCUAACAGCGGAACCUUGCCCCUGUUUCGAGGCUUGUCCUCACGAGAAUCGUACCGAGUCCAAGUUCUUCAGCGGACCGCCCCUAGAGUUCUACCUAGAACGAGUCCAGCUAGACACGCUCUACGAUCUGGACCGCAGCGAGUUCGAACAGUACCUGGGCCCGGAUGCUAACCGCAGGGAAGAACGCUUGCUAUCUUGA